AUGCGUAAGGAAGCGAGUAAAAAUUAUCAAUAUUUAAAAUACUGUUUCCUCCUUUAUAUUUCACAUAAUCAGGCAGUUCCGACAGCAUCGGCCAAUACAACAGACCGGGAGGAAAAGCUGAAUGUGCGAUUACCCACGUCCCUGAAGCCGCUCCACUACUUGAUCAAACUUCAGCCCUUAGUCAAUGGCAACUUCAGCACCCUCGGCUACGUGGAGGUGGAGAUGGAGGUGCUGGAACCGACCUCCCGAAUCAUAUUCCACAUGGCCGACAUCAUCACUCGAAACGACACCGUCAAGGUUACAACUUCAGGAGAUGUGACAAGCCAGAAUAUUGGGAUCAAGAGGCAAGAGUACGACUACAGGCGUCACUUCUAUAUCGCCCACCUGGAGGAGGAGCUGCAGAAGGGGAAGAAGUACGUCUUAGCCAUGGAGUUCCUCGGCUACCUUAACGACCAGCUGCGUGGCUUCUAUAGGUCGACCUACAAGGAUGCGGACGGGAAGACAAGGUACCUGGCUUCGACGCAGUUCUCACCGACGGACGCCCGCCGAGCCUUCCCGUGCUUCGACGAGCCGGGUAUGAAGGCGACCUUCGAGGUCCACCUGGCGAGGGAGACCUGGAUGACGUCACUCUCCAACAUGCCCCUUGUCGAGACUGUGCCGAUAGAAGGUCAGGAUGGCUGGGUGUGGGACCGCUACGGGAAGAGCCUCCCCAUGUCCACCUACAUCGUCGCCUUCGUCGUGUUCGACUUCGCUCAUAUCAACUCUUCCCAGGAGGGACUGCAGUUCAGAGUGUGGGCGCGGAGGAAUGCUAUCGGCGAUGCGGAAUACGCCAGCAGAAUUAGUCCCAAGAUCCUCAACUUCUUCGAGGAUUACUUCAACAUCUCUUUCCCUCUCCCGAAGCAAGAUACCGUCGCGUUGCCUGAGCUCCCAUUCGGUGCCAUGGAGAAUUGGGGUCUCAUCAUAUACAGAGAAUCUCGUUUCCUGUUUAAUCCUAACGUCUCGACCCCAAGCACCAAGGAAGACCUAGCUAUCACAGUGGCUCACGAACUGGCGCACCAGUGGUUCGGCAACCUUGUCACGCCCGCCUGGUGGGACGACCUCUGGCUCAAGGAAGGAUUUGCUACCUACCUGAGUUACGUUGCCAUGGAUUAUAUCGAACCCACCUGGAAGGUAUUGGAAACUGUUGUCUCCAAUACUCUUCAUCCGGUUAUGAACUUGGACAGUUUAGAUUCAUCUCACAAAAUCAGCAUCCCCGUUGGUGACCCAGAUGACAUCAACGAAAUCUUUGAUGCCAUAUCAUACAGCAAAGGGGCUUCUAUCGUCCGAAUGAUGGCCUACUUCCUUAAUGGGGCGACCUUUGUAAAGGGACUGAAAGGCUAUCUGAAUGAACUAAAAUACAAAAAUGCAGUGCAGGAUGACUUGUGGCAAUACUUGACUGUCGCAGCUCACAAAGAUGGCACCCUACCUGAAGAUCUGAGUGUCAAGAUGAUAAUGGACACCUGGACGCUGCAGAAGGGCUAUCCUGUCAUCCAUGUCACGAGAAGUGCUGACGGUACCUCGGCUACCAUCUCUCAGGAGCGAUUCCUUUUGGAAAAGAACUCAAGUGACACUCACGUCUACAAUUGGUGGGUUCCCGUAACAUACACAUACCAAAGUGAGGCUAACUUUAGUCAGACGCAGGCCAUGGCGUGGAUGAGGGACUCUGGGGAGAACCUCACCAUCACGUCUUUGCCUGCCAAGGACCAGUGGGCUAUCUUCAAUCUGCAGCAGACGGGCUACUACAGAGUCAACUACGACAACCACAACUGGAACCUCCUCAUUCAACAGCUGAAGGACGACCACGAACUCAUAAACGUUGUCAACCGAGGACAGAUCAUCGAUGAUGCCAUGAAUCUAGCCAAAGCUGGUCGCCUAAACUACGAAACUGCAAUGAGUUUAUAUGCAUAUCUAUGGAAAGAAACUGAAUAUAUGCCCUGGUCUGUGGCAGUCGGGGAAUUGCAAUACAUUAACUUAAUGUUCACACGCACGGGAGCAUAUGGUGCCCUGAAGCGCUACAUCUUGGACUUGAUACUGCCCCUCUACAAAACUGUCGGCUUUGAAGAUAACAUCAACGACCCUUACUUAGUUCAACUAACGAGGGAAAUAGCCGUGAGAUGGGCUUGUAGGAUGGGUCAUAAAGACUGCCUGGAUAAAGUCCUCGACCUCUAUCGCCGAUGGAUGAUGGCUCCAGAUGAUACAGGUUUGAUUUCACCCAAUCUCAAAAAUACGGUGUUUUGCCACGCCAUAGCAGAGGGAGGGGAAGCCGAGUGGAAUGCUGCUUGGCGUCAGUACUUGAAGACUGAUGUUCAGGGCGAGAAAGACAAUCUCCUUUCCACCCUUGCUUGCACUAAGCAGAUCUGGCUCUUGAUGAGGUACUUGGAGAUGGCGGUCACUCCAGGCAGCGGUAUAAAGCAACAGGACGUGGGAUUAGUCAUAGGGAGCGUCAGCAGCAAUGAUGUGGGUCGUUCUUUAGCUUGGGAUUUCCUCAAGCUCCAUUGGAAUAACAUCAUUACUUACAAGAAGAGUAAGAGAGGCGGAAUGUUGAAAGCUGUAACAAGAAGCUUCAAUACGAAACAAGAUCUUGAAAAUCUGGAGGCAUUCUUGAGCAACGAAAACACAGACUUAGAUGGAAACCAGCGCACGGCCAGGCAGGUGUUGGAGCGAGUUCGAAACAACGUGGCCUGGCUGGACUCCAACUACGACGGCAUAGUUCAGUGGCUGGAAAAGAGCGGAUAUUCCUCUAAAAUUGAAAGUGUCUGAAAUUUGUGAUUUAUGUUAGCGUAACAAUCAUAAUGUAUCUAUCGGUGGUUAUAUUUCACAAGACCUGAAGAUUGGGUUGUUUUAGUCUUUGGUAACUUAAGUUUAACUGUUGUAUAAGGAUGUAUAAGCUGUUUGUAAGGGAAAACAGGAAUAUACGAUUUGCUUUUGACCAAUGACUGUACUUCGAAAAUCAUAGUAAUGGCAUUCUCAGAGAGGAAAUUAUUUUUAUUUAUAUGAAGUAGAAAGUCUUACUGUUAGAUAAAGAAAGGAAAGACAAAGAGUAAUUUAUUUUUCAAAACGUUAUUUUUUCAAGUCUCACAGGGCCGUAGAUGUAUGCACAUUUUUACAUGAUAUACUUAUAAUACAUGCGUAGUAUUGCUAAUAACAGACG